GAAGACUGCACAGACUGAACUCAAGCUGCGGGUCAGAUUGGUCGAAUAUUUAGCAGCAGCUCGAUGCAAACACUUAACGAGGGCUGAUAUGAGGAAUUUAAGCCCUGACCCUUUUUUUCGUCAGGGACCAGCGCCGUUACGUCGAAAGAGCAGCGAGAGCCGGGGUAUAUUGCAGCGACUUUAUCAGCCAGAGCAGCCCCACACUGUUGUUAUUCACUUCGAAAUAGAUAAUAAUAACAACGCGAGAGCUCGCAAGUUGCAUCAAGACUGUGGCUGCAACUGUCAAAGGUGGAGUGGAUACGCGCAUGACCCAACACACACUACUGUAAUACUGUACACGGCCGCCGAGAUAAAAUCCGUAUAAAAAAGCCGAAAUAAUCCCGAGGUAAGGAGCCGGGGACUGGACUAACACCCGACGUUUCUUCUUCUUUUCCUUCGCUUCGUUUUCUUUUACUCUAACCGACUGUCUCACAGCCGUCGAAAUUACUGCACUAAACAUAUUUUUGUGCCUCCCUUCAGCUACAGCCAGCGCAGGGAUUUUUUUUUUUUUUACUCCUCCUUCGUAAUAAAGUCGCCAUUUUGCUUCACUGCCUAUAUAAACCAUUCUGUAUUCUAAUAUUUUUCCUUCAGGAGCCGAGGACCUGGCCGUGUUUCCUGGGUGUUUUUUAAUAUUUCUGGAGGGUCUAAGGAGAAGACGGAGGUUGGAGAAGUGCCUCGUGGUGUACAUAUUAAUGCAGAAAAGGAGGCGGGAGGAGAAUGCGUUUGGAAACUGGGAAUGAGGUGAAACUACACUGGAUUUCUUUUCAUGGACACUCGGGACUGUGAUUCGUCUUUUUGUCGUCGUGUUCAGAGGAGACGAGGCUGACGGCUGUCCACUUCCCUUCGGCCCCCCCAGCCUCCUGUCUGAACGGCCCUUGACGUACAAGCAGGUGUGAUUGCCAUGUAACAUAACAUUGGUGGAAAAAACGCCCACUUUGGUGCCUGUCUCCUGACCUCCUCCUCCCGUCACGUGGGUGACCCGGUGGGGCCCCCCAGGGCUCCUGCUGCUGAGUGACUGACCCCACAGUUCAGGCAUGGAGAGCUCCAGUGGCCUCAGGCUUGGGAAGCUGUCCUCACCGGGCCUGCCAAGGGGCCAAACACCCAAACACGGACAUCCCCAGGAGUUUGUUAGAAGCACGCCGUGCCCUGAAAACAACAACAAACAUAGUUUAAUGUGUGACGACCAAGCAGAUGGGAAGAGAAAAGGUCGGCCUAAGACUGACGGUCAGGAGCUUAGGAGCAUUCCUGCCCAUUUGAUAAUACAAUGGAAGGAAGAGUUCAAGCGCCGCUCCAGGGUUAAAUGUCCAUGUACAGGCUGUUGGUUAGAAUUUCCCAGCAUCUAUGGCGUCAAGUACCACUAUCAACGCUGCCCAGGACCCACUGUAGCCGAGAAGCUGAAUCACAGCUGUCCCUACUGUGAGGCAGCUUUUGCCACAAAAGUACGGCUGGAGAAGCACAAACUGUGGAACCACCCAGAGAGAGUUAGCAAGGAGGCCAAGGAACAGCAGCUUCUUAAGAUUCCUGUCAAAUCCAACAUCAAGAAAAGGCCUAUGGAGAACAGUCCACCAUCGCCGGUGUUCUUUAAGGUGAAAAAAACGUACGAGGUUUCCGCACCAUCUCAGAACGGAGAACUAACCCACCUCAAGAGUGAGAGGAAAGUACACAGUCACAUCCCGGCUUCACAGCAGAUUCACCCGUCAUCGCACACAGUUCAGCCUCAGUCGCAGUCUCAAAGCACAUCAUCCGACGCAGGAGGGAGUGAAAGUGAAGGCGGAAGUUUUCCCUCUUCUUACCCUGACGAAGAUCCAGAGCGAAUGAGGCACAGACGGAAGCAAAAAACUCCCAAGAAAUUCACCGGAGAACAGCCGUCAAUAUCCGGGACAUUUGGGCUGAAAGGCAUGACUAAGGUGGAGGAGAAGCUGAAGGCAGGACGAGUGAAGAGAUCGGAGGGCUGUGGGUUCAACGAUGAGCCUCAGAGAAGACCCGCAUCUGCUCAGUCCUCCAAGAAAGAGCCAGUGACAACAAGCUCGGGUGGUGUUUCUGACACUCAGUGGCAGCGAACAAUCUCGGAGCGUGGUGAAGUAGUGUGUCCGACCUGCUCCAUUGUCACCAGGAAAACAAUCCAUGGUCUGAAGAAACACAUGGAGAUCUGCCAGAAGCUCCAGGAUGCCCUAAAGUGCCAGCAGUGCCAGAAACAGUUCCGGUCCAAAGCUGGUCUAAACUACCACACCAUGGCUGAACACAGCACCAAGCCCUCAGGGAGCGAAGGCCAGACGGGCAACGAGCACGAAGAGAGAGAACGGCUGCGGCGAGUGCUCAAACAGAUGGGACGAAUCAAGUGUCCUACUGAGGGUUGUUCAGCCCACUUUUCCAGUCUGAUGGGCUACCAGUAUCACCAGCAGCGUUGUGGAAGAGAGUUUUCUGACGAUGAGAAGCCUGUGUUUCUGUGCCAGCACUGUGGGAAGAGCUACCGCUCCAAGGCAGGCAGAGACUACCACAUACGCACUGAGCACCCGCCGACCAUCACCACCGUCACGACAGCGACAAACGCCAAUAACUACAAGAACAGCCUCACUGACACCAACAACAAUACAGGCAAGGAAAGGGGGAUUUCUGAUGAUUCUCCAUUAGUAGGGAAGAAAAAGGAGCAAAACUUGCUCGAGAGGAAAGACUGGCAGGAGAAACCCCCAUCCAGCCAGCCUAAAGAGAGAGACUUGGAAAGGGAAGAGGAGAGAAAACAAAGCAAAGAGAAAGCAGCACAAAUUAAGAGUCAGGGGGAGGACUUUGAAAGGACACCCAGUGGCCGAGUGAGGCGGCAGUCUGCUCAGGUGGCCGUGUUCCACCUGCAGGAGAUAGCAGAGGAUGAGCUGGCCAAAGACUGGGGCACCAAGCGACGCAUCAAGGACGACCUGGUGCCUGACAGCAAAAGGUUGAACUACACUCGUCCUGGCCUCCCCAACUUCAGCCCAGAGCUACUGGAGACCUGGAAGAACCAAGUGAAGGAGAAGGGCUUCAUUUGCUGCACAAAUGCUAACUGUGAAGCUGUAUAUUCCAGCGUCUCUGGACUGAAGGCACACCUUGCCAACUGCAGCCAGGGUGGUGGUGAAAUGGGAAAGUACACCUGCCUGAUCUGUCAGAAGGAGUUUAGCUCAGAGAGCGGUGUUAAAUAUCAUAUUAGUAAGACACACUCACAGAACUGGUUUCGUGCAUCAACCAGCCAAGGGGUUUCUGGUAGCAAGAGCAAAGGGUUGGAGAACAAUGGAUUCAAAGCUGAGGUGAGGAACGGAGCCACCUCAGGUAAAAAGAGGGGCCGGAAACCAAAAGAACGGCCCCUAAUGGACGAGUCUCUACAAACAAAGACAGAUGCCCUCACCACCGCCCAAAAUUCACCUCCAGCCAUGACCCCUCCCUCUCGCUCAGCACAGUCCCCAGCCCUGAUCCCUGACCAAACGGACAGUGAUGAUCCAGGCCAGGAGAGGCAAAUCCCCCCCCCUGCCUCCAGACGGAACAAAACCAAGAAGAUCUUUUUGUCAGAGUAGCACUGCUUUUAUCAACCCUGGAGUCGAAAUGGAUGCUUUUGGUAAACGUGCCGCCUGGAAGCUAAAAGGACCUUUCCACCUUGGCACUGGGUAGAAAGCCAGAUCAACGAUGAAAACUUUUAAAGAUUUUAAGAGUCUUUAAAUCUUGGUUUUAUACCUUAGAGUUAAUGUGUGCACUGGUAUGAACAUUUAUCACCACAGUAGUGCAUUUCCUCCAUUCCACCUCUGUUUCCUUUAUAGGGCACACAUUUCAGUUUCUGAUCCCACAGCAGAGGCCGUAAACCAAGUGCAAAUCAAACCCUAACAUUGAUAGAAGUUAUUAAACAGAAGUAGUAUCCCAAAUAGAUUAAUAAUAAUAAUUUUCUCUGCAAGAGUCAAAUUGUUUUGAAAGGAUUUAAAAAGGAAAUUCUAUUAGCAUGGUGAAGUCAUUUUAUGAUAGCUGGUGUUUUUUCCAUGUUUCUUCACAGAUAUACUGUAUGUGUACAUAAACAGUAACUAUAUAUAUAUAUAUAUAUAUAUAUAUAUACUCAAAGUAAUGAUGCCAUCCUUCGUUUUCAAGCCUGAUGCGUCCAGUUGGCUUUUGGUCAGUCACAAAUUUUGCAGUGUGUUGUAGUGCAACGUUGUUUCAAUGUAUUAUUUUUCCUUUUAGUUUUGCUUUCAUUACUUUUUUGGGGGUUUCCAGUUCUUGUGAGCAGAUUUCACAUAAGCUACAAUAUUCAGUUGUUUUCUUUCCCCCAGUGCUGUUCCUUUUACCUAACAUUUCCAUGGUUACUUUAAACUGAAGGUGAUAAUUAAAAAAAUCCAAAAAGGGAUUUUUUUUUUUUUUCAUUUAUCUCUUAAGAUGAUAAUUCAAUCACAAUAACACACAGUGAUAUUAUUUAAUCGAUUUCACUUAAAGAAGCAAAACAAGGUCUGGCCAAACAAAAUAUUUAGCAGAAGGAAGGAUUUUUAACAUCGUUGCACUGUUGCAGCACAAUCAAAUUAUAUAUCUCUAUUAAAAGGAGGCCAUACUAUGGGGUCUGCUUUACUAUAGGUCUAAGCUGCAGAGAAGAUUUAAAAAAAGCUAUCUUUUAUAGAAAGGUUUAAGAUGAUAACCUUUUAU